AUGGCGGUUGAACUUUCGUUUAUGUUUAUUAUUAUUAUUGGCCGAUGGAUAUUACCGAAAGGAGAUAUUUCUCAUAGUGCUUUAUCACAAUUAUUACUUGUCUAUUUAUCACUUGCUUCGGAUAUUCUUGAUUUAUUAACAUUAUUUAAUGAACAAGAAAUUCAAAUUAGUCGCCCAAUGGUUCAUUUAGUUCUUAUUGCUUUUUCCUGUUGUAUGUUACAAUUUGCACUCAACUUAACAGCAACACGUGGUCGAUCAUUUCAUGCCGAAUUUGAUCAAUCGGAAAUUGAAAUACAUCAAUCAGCGCCAUCAUCUGAACUACUAUCACCACUAGAUUCAAAACCGAUACCACAACAUCGACAAUUUUUAUCGAGAUUUUUAUCACGAUCGAAAUCUUCAUCGACAACUCGACCAUUAGCACCGAAAAGAAAAAGACCAUUGAUGAAAAUAAAUUCUCAAUCAUCAUCAACGAUUCCUAUUAAUGAAGCAAAGCCAAUGCUUCAAAAUGCAGACACUGACCGAGGAAAGGAAAUAAUGUUAAAUACAAGUCGUUUAGGUGAUUCGCGAAUUAGUGGUGAUCGUUUAUCAAUUAAUCCUUGUCCAUCAAUUGCUUCGUUUAGUUCAUUACAAGUACCUUUUUCGAGUUCUUUGUCAUGUUUGAGAAAGGUUCCACGUAAAAGACCCCUUGCGGGAAAUGUUAAAUUUUUUGUUCUUCAACGAGCAUCAAAAUUUCUUCGAUCGGAACUCUGGUCAAUCCUUGUUACAUUAGCAUUACAAGACGGUCCCUUUUUCGCUGUUCGUCUUAUCGCUAUUAUUGUUUAUCAUGUUCGAUCAUUUUUAACAUAUUUCUUUACGUUUAAAAAUUUUCUUAUUCUAGUUUUUCAAACAUAUCGCAUUGCAGCGAUAUGCUUUGAAAAAGAUGAGUACGAACAAGAAUUUCAAGAAAAAGUUACUAAAAUGAAACAUAUGAGUAUGGCAGCAAAAGAACUUGGUAUACCACUCAAUAGAAAAAUCUAA